AUGGGGCAUUUGGAGAGGAUCCACUCACCUAGGCCAAACGACGGGAAAAAAGAUGUGAGAGCAUUGUCAGAAAGUAACGCGGGCAGGGAGCACUCCAAGAAUGCAUAUUCUAAUUCUGCAACUGGAAAGGAUAUCUACCUCAACAGUGGCCUAACUAGCACAAAGAACUAUGGCAAAACCAUCCUUACCAAGGAAGCUGACUUGGUUACUACUCAUGAGCUGGGACAUAAUUUUGGUGCGGAGCAUGAUCCUGAUGGCAUGCCAGAAUGUGCUCCCACAGAAGAUCAAGGAGGAAAAUAUGUUAUGUAUCCAAUUGCUGUGAGUGGGGAUCAUGAAAACAACAAGAUGUUUUCAAACUGCAGUAAAGUAUCCAUACUUCGGACUAUUGAGACCAAAGCCCCAGAAUGCUUCAAGGAGCGUAACAACAAAGUAUGUGGCAACUCCAGAGUGGAUGAAGGCGAGGAAUGUGAUCCUGGCCUCUUGCGCCUGUAUGAUGAUCCGUGCUGCACAUCAGAGUGUAUGCUAAGGCAGAAUGCAACAUGCAGUGACAGGAACAGUCCCUGUUGUAAAGGUUGCCAGUUUGAAAGCGCACAGAAGAAGUGCCAGGAGGCCAUUAAUGCUACUUGUAAAGGAGAAUCCUAUUGCACAGUGCCUCUAAGAUUAAUCAUUGGUGAAUGUAUUCUUAACACCGAUGGCUAA